UGCUUUUGGAAUUUAAUACUUUGAAGAGAGAGAAGGAGAGAGAGACGCUUGAUGUGAUAUGUAUAUAUAUCGGUCGUUGCGAUUGAAGCACAGAAAGAAAGAAAGAAGACAGAAGGAGAAAGAGGCAUCUCCACAACUGCUGAAUAUACAGCUUGGUUUUCUCAGUUUCUUCUUGAAGAAAUAUUCUUUCCCAGGGUUUUCUUUUGGAAGGUGGAAUUGUUGAUGCAACCGAACAGUAGGGAAAUGCAAGGGAUGAAUCCGAUUCUGAACCAGUCGCAAAUGUCUCUACAAGACCUGCAAAACGGUCAACAUCAUCAUCACCAGCACCAGUCGCAUAUCAGCGACGCUUCGCAGAUUCAACAGUUCGAUCCGUCUCACGACGACUUCCUCGACCAAAUGCUAUCCACUCUGCCGUCGUGCUCCUGGCCGGACCUCGCUGGAGGUAACGCAAAGUCCUCCUGGGACCUCUACUCCGCCGCCUUGCCACCGGAAGAUCAGUCCUCCAUUCUCGCAUCCAAGCUCCGGCACCACCAGAUCAGCGGCGGGGCCAAUUCCUCCGCCGCGGCGGCAACCCUCCAGUCUUUGCUCCUUCAGCAGCAGUUGCUUCUGCAGUCCAGAGGCGGCGGAUUACGAGAUGGUUCUGGCGCCGGCGACACCGGUCUUUUGGGGAUGCCACUCGGUCUUGGCGGUGGAGACGACGUCGUCGACGCCGCCUCCUUCAAAUCUCAUAAUCCGGUAGGAGAUGGUUCGGUUCAAGCUCUUUACAACGGACUCGCCGGAUCUCUUCACGAUGCCGGCCAGACAUCAAACCAAGGGCAGCAUUUCCACCGUCCUCAGGCUCAGACCUUCGGAGCAGCGGCGCCAACUAUGAGCCAAACCCCGGCGCCGAGUGCAUCAGCUGGAGGAGGGGCCCCGGCUCAGCCGAGACAGCAGAGAGUGAGGGCUCGGAGGGGACAGGCCACUGAUCCUCACAGCAUCGCCGAAAGAUUACGGAGAGAGCGAAUCACAGAUAGGAUGAAAGCUCUUCAGGAACUUGUCCCUAAUGCCAACAAGACCGACAAGGCUUCAAUGCUUGAUGAGAUCAUCGACUAUGUCAAAUUCCUCCAGCUCCAAGUCAAAGUUCUCAGUAUGAGCCGUUUGGGCGGUGCCGCCGCUGUUGCUCCUCUCGUUGCUGAUAUGUCCUCUGAGGGCGGAGGCGACUGUAUACAGGGAAGUGGGGGGAGGACAGGUAACGGCAACCAGACGGCGUCAACCUCCAACACUAACGACAGCAUGGCGGUGACGGAGCACCAGGUGGCGAAGCUGAUGGAGGAGGACAUGGGCUCCGCCAUGCAGUACUUGCAGGGGAAAGGCCUCUGCCUGAUGCCCAUUUCUCUCGCCACCGCCAUCUCCACUGCCACGUGUCACUCCAGGAACCCCUUGAUGCCCUCAUCCGGCGGCCCCCACAACCCUCUCCUCCCCUCAAACGGCGACGGCCCCUCCUCCCCCAGCAUGUCCGUCCUGACCGUUCAGUCCGCCACCGUCGGUAACGGCGCCGCCGACACUUGCGCCGUUAAGGACGCCGCCUCCGUGUCCAAACCGUGAUGAGGCCACGCCGUGACCACCCUCUCCAUUAACGUAGACAAUAAAGCUCAGAACGACGCCGUAUUUAAGUAGACUUGGGGCCAGGCUCCAGCUAACACAGUGUUUGUUCAGUUUUUCUCACAAGUUAUUUUAUUGUAAUUUUAAGGGGGGGGGGGGGGGAGAGACUCCUUAAAUACAUAUAUGCUUUAAGCCGUGGCCUUUCUUAGUUUCUAUAAUAAUAUAAUUAAUGAGCUGGUGUGUCUCGACGCUAUUAUUAU